AUGUCCUAUACAGACAUUCCAAACUGUUUUUGCUCUCUCUCAGUCUCUCCAUGAGAAAUUCAACUUGAUUAAUACUGACAACAACUCUGAAAGGAAUAUUCAGAAUAUUUAGUAGCACCACAUGUACUGUACAUACACUGUAUACGCACAUGAACUCAUGCAUACGUUGCCAUUUCCCCGUCCUGAUGAAAAGAAAUACACUUUCACCAUUAUAAGCCUCAUUUAAUUAAAAUAGGUCUUUUCCUACGCUACUGGUGUUUGGAUGAUAAUCGCCUGAACACCUCUCAUCCCAUUCCCAUGUUGCUUCAGGUGUGGUGGGAGUGAAGGGAACUGAAGUGUGGAGACCAGCCCUGCCAGCCUGGUCGAAAGCUGUUGAAGGGCACAGUUGGCAGCUGUCAGGCCUAUAUUAGUUAACUGCAUGAAGACAUGUGGAGAGAGGACUGAGAGUAAGAUUUUUUAUUUGUUAUGAUGUAGUUUAAAACAUAUUUCAUUAUGGUGCAAUGUUAUUUCUAAACCGUGAACCUACUUCUUCUAAGCUUUUUCUAUGAAUAAUAUUGAGACGUGAAGUUUAUGGCCUGUUUGUCCAUGUUUCAUGGAUUUGUGUGGGAAUAUAUGUUGGAAUUUGACUGAGACAGACACUAGGGAAUAAUGAUUUUCACCUUUGGUCAGCCAUUGUGUUCAUUUCCAUUGUGUUUUUAUGCACAUGUCCUUUUAUGAUGACCCCCAAAAAUACAAAGAGAACAGGGCUGAACAGGAAAGCCACAUUUAUAAGCCAACAAGGAAAUGUGUUUGAGGUUUUUUUCGUUUCUUUUCUGUUUUCUGUUCCCCAGAAAAUGAGGAAUUCCCUACAAGAUGUUAACAUGCUGUUAGUCAAAUCCCAGAUAUGAAACAUAAUCGACACCAAAGCUUUUCUAAAGGUCUGACCACUUCUUGUAAUAUCAAAUACAAAUUAUAUGGAUUUAAACUUUAUAAUGAGCUCAUAAUGACAUGUUCAAUUUCAUUUGAUGGUAUUUUAGUCUCUUAUUGCACUAUUUAUUCUUAAGGGAAGUUUUAGCCUUUCUGUGAUGUUUGUGUUAUUAUCUAUUUAAAUUGACUAUAGGAUUACUGUACUGUAGUCGCCUUUACGCAUGGCUGAGUGGCUAUUGUAGGACAAUGUAGAUCUGCAAACACCUGUAACACAACGUGAGAGCAAACUCCCAUCACCCUCUGCGCACAUGGAUAAACUACAUGUAAACUGUAGUAAUCCCUUUGCUGAAUCAGCGCGCAUAUUUGCACAUAAUAACAAGAUUAUACACUAUUGGCCCGACGGUUUUGAUUUUAUUCAAAGUGGCAAACAACCAACACCACGGAAAAAGUCUAAAAUACCCAACUAACCACUCAAUGACAGAUAAGGAAAUAAGGAAAAAUAAAUAAUGAUAGACAUCGAACAAAUAUUCAUCACUGUGGUAAAAUGUUUGGACGUGUUUAGUGAUAAAUUGCAAUUAGUAUUUGCGCUGAUGUGGACGUUUCAUUUUAGGAAAGGAGGCGGAUUUUUUUUUAACUGGAGGAGUGAAUGAAAGCAUUCACAAAUGUAACCGAACGACAAAAUUAGGCCACUACGGGUGUAAUAAGACAGUAGACUGUUCGCACCUGUACAAAAUAAUAAUAAUAAUAAUCAUAAUAAUCCUACAGUCACCUUCUAAACACCGAUGCACAAUUUAAAGGUUUGCAUGUCGAUCCUCGACUUUUCAUCCGAAAAAAAAGUUACAAUGAUAAAUUAAAAUGAAUUAGAAAGAAUUGGAGCCUAAUAAAGUGAGCAGCAAAACUGCAAGUUCAUAUGUUAAUUAUAGCGAUACUGGAAGAGAAAAAGUAGUAUUAAAAAGACCUCGAAGGUCUGUGUUCACUGAGAACAGCAGUUUCCUGCAAGAAUAUUAUAGAAAUAUUAGGUUAUAGGGAUUUUUUCGUUGGUUGCGUCGAUACAUAAAUACAAUGUUAAAAAAAAUUAAAUAAUACUGAUUUAAAGGAACAUUUUCUCUGUAACUUUCCUCAGUUGCUUAUUUUGUUUAUUCAUUAAUGUUCUUCAUGAGGUGCAAAUUCAACCUUAAGUGAAAACAUAUUUUAGGACAUUUGAAGGAUUUAACUCCUCUUAUAAAUAAAGAACAGAUUUUUUAUAUGAAUAUUUUGCCUCAUACUGAUCACCGACCGGAGGUCUUAUUGAUAGUUGAGGCAGCUUUUUUUUAAGUAUUUCCUCUUGCAUACCUGGGUCUAUCCGCGCAGUUCCUAAAGCCCGGCGGAGAGAGGGGACAACCCGGGCCCUCUGCUGUCAGCGGUCAACUGCUCACUUCCUCUCCUUCUUAUUCAGGGAUUUAGACUAAUAUUUAGAUAGGAUUGGGUUUUAUACGUGGAGCGCGCCGCCUCGGUCUCUACAGUUUCAGUCACGCAACAUGAAUGUGAAAAUCAUUGUUUUAAUGAUCAGCGGAUUAACCUGUGAUUUAUUAUCUGUUAAAUGAUGUGAGCGUGUAAUGCAUAAUUUUAUCAGCCUGAUAGUGUCAGAGACAAGCUCAUUAAAUGAAAGACAGGAGAAAUAAAUAUCUCCACAACUUAACGCAGGCAUAAAAACAUCAAAGAACAUUUUAUGCUGUUUUUAUUGUGUGAGAGAGAAAAUGAGAGGGGGAGCAGAGAGAGAGAAGAAGAGAGCGCGCGCCCACGGGUCCUUCCAGAUAUACCGAUGACCUAAUCACAUCUCUGUUUAAUAGUAACACAAAAAUAGCAGCCGCAGAGCCUUGACGUUUAUGAGAUCUGUGCCAUUUAAUGAGGCAUGGGCGGGAGGUGUUUUUGGUUUGGUGAUUUGUCAUGUUACCACAACAGGACACACAGGACCACACAGGCCUUUCUUUCCUACAUGAGAAACAGAAGCCUCCAGUAAAAGACAACAGGAAGAAAACCAACAACAUGCAUCUGUGCUUUGUGUGGCUGAAUGUCUGUCAAAAUGCGUCAUGUGACCAUGUGUUAAGACAUAUAUUUUAAUUACAAACAGAUCGAUGUAUGUUUGGAAAUAUUCUUAUCAAACUAAAAUAUAUUUAUGCGCUCAUUCAAGUGCGUAAAAGCGCACGCCAAAUGGCACGGAGGAUCUGCAGGUUUGUCUUCUGUUGGUCCUGUCAUCCUUGCGCAGUCGCCUGUCAGUUAACCUAAUAUAGAGUCUGACUGUGCGUCCGAAGACAAGAACACUGGUUAAGGGAUGUCAGGUAAUCAGCGCUAUGAUUAUGUAUAUUUUUUCUUCGAAAUUAAAGAAAUGUAGAAAUAUCCAAUAAUAUUAAAAUAAUAAAAAUAUCUUACUUCUAAAAAAUAAUUAACAUCUGUGAAAUUCAGAAUGUAUUUUCAGUUACAUCGUUUCCAAAUGAAUAAAUGAAGGACAAAAACGUGCAGCACAGUGCGUAAGCAAAAGUCGCAUUUGAUAUUACCCCACAUCAGCAGGGCUACCAGUCAGAGUUCAAUAUAGGCGCUUUAAAUGGCGACAUACGAGUGAUACCCAAUGCUAAGUUUAAUCAAAUUUCAAAAGACGUUGGUUCAGCAGGAACUCAUGACAAACUAGUCCCUGAUCACUAAAUCAAAGGCUGUUUCACAACACCUACAGUCUUCAAAUUAUUUAAAUACUUUGUGAUUAACAAAUUCUCAUACUGGCCACAACUUAAAUAAUUUCAACAUCAUAAUAAUUCUAUUAAAAAAAAAAACACAAUGAUGUGAUUUUGUAUUGGCAGUAGAGCAACAGCUGGUAGAGAAAUGUAUGUGUGUCCACGUUUUUCUGUCUCCAUGAAUCAGUGAGACGGUGCAGCCGGGUGUUCGGGCCUGUAUCCUCUAAUCAGUAAGAGCUGUUCACAUACUUUAGCCACUUUGUCUAGAUGUUGUCAGGUUUGGGUGUGUUACAGUCUGUAGUGUACAGUCAGCAGAACAUGGAGUCCUACAGGGCAAAGAUAUAUUUUAAAUAUAACCAAAGAUUAGUUUUUUCUACUGUUUUAGCUGCUUGAACGAUAACAAAAAAUCACUAAGAUAUAAUACCAUUGUAGUAUGUGUAUUAAAAUGUGUCUGUUGCACCUAAUAGUGAGUUUACAUCUAUUCUACUUAGAAUAUAAAUACAUGUUAUAUCAUAUCACUGCAGAGAUUCAGUUUCCUUAAUGUGAUUCAUCACUUGCUCACUUCCAUGUAACGAAAGUCAGAAGAUUCUUAUUCAUAAGAAGACUUAAAGUUAGUAUUUUACUCAGUUAAUUUAUAUACUAUUCUUUAAUCAGCUAUUUAUAUGCUUUCAUUUUUCAUUCUGCCCUGGUUCAUCUACAUGAACGGCACCAUUCUUAAAUUAGUUAGAAUUGUUAUUUUCCGUAAAGGAAAUUAAAUGUGAUGGGUUUUUUUCCCUCUAAAUGUCUCCUAUAAGUUCGUCUUUAUGUUCUCAAGUGCACUGUUGAAUGCCUCCGCUGUGCUUUGGCCGCUGCUGAGGCCUGCGAGCGAAUUCCAACACAGUCUCUUCCCAUUUCGAUCCGCUCCUGUAUUUUGUCUGUUAUCACCUGAGUAUUUACAAAGGAGGCUUCCGACUUGGCAAUGAUGAAGUGAGUCGGUAUUGAUGGCAUCAUAUCUGAUAAAAAAGGCCGGCACACACUGGGAGGAAUAUAUCAUGUGGGCGAUGGUUUACACCGGUUUUGACUGCGCCAUGCGUGAUUUCCUUUAUGCAGUAAUCAAUGCGCACAGGCUCACUUCAUGAAUAAACAGAAGCGAGUGUGAACUGUAAUCUUACAUGAUGUUCUAUCUAUCUAUCUAUCUCUCUAAAUAUUUGCCUUUAACAACAUAUUGCAGUAGUUUAUUUAUGAUCACUGGCUCCUGUGGAGAAACAUCCAAAACAAAUAGAGAUAAUCCUCUAACUGCUUUAUCCCAUCAGAAUCCCGCUGCUGCCUUCACACUUAAUUCAAUGACUCCGGUGUAAAUUAGACUCUAUCCGGGCGAUGUCACAGUCGACCCAACAAAACACAUCUUUGGUUGCUGCACAUUAAAGAUGAACCUCGAUAAGCUGAGAGCCAACAAGGCGAUACUGGAUUCGCAAGGCGGAGAGGUCAAGUCCAGCUCCGGCCUCAAGUGCCACGUGUGUUUAUGUUCUCUGUUUACUGACUGCACUGGUGGCGUUUUGCUCGGUAAAAAAUGUCUCUGAGGCUUUGUACGUAACGAUGUAUAUCAGAGGUAAUGGACUGUGUAAAUCUGAGAUAAAUUCCCGUGAAAUUACGCGAUUUGGCAUUAUAUUGUUUUUGGAGAAGAGCGCUCAGUAGAAAAAUAAAUGAGUGCAAGGAUGGAUGGCUGGUGUGAAUGAGUGAAACUACUGUUUUAAUGGAUAUGAUCACCUAUAUCUGAAACUAGUGAAUCACUCCUUGAAUAAAGUGAAAUAUCUGACACUUCUCACUUGUUUCCAUUUCUGCAUUUCUUGGAUCUCUGUUGUCUUUUUGGUUGGAUUGAAAGAAAUAUUCUUAUCUCUGUGUGUUACUUGACUGAAGAAACACCCCUAACAUGAGAAACCGAGUAAACAAUCUGAAUUCACCUCUAUCUGUCCAUGUUUUUCCAAGCUUGUUUAAAGUAAAAUACAUUUUCAGACUGAACUCUCGCGUAAAAGACUCUUCAGACUGUGUGUUUUUGCAGCGCAGCCCCUGAUGUUCCAUGCAAACUCGGGGACUGGGCAGCGCUUUUGGGGCUUGGACAGCUAAAAUAUGCACUCGCAUAUAUGGGCGCAUAAUUUACUGGAAAAGUGGCGCACUUUGAAGCCGGACAUUGCAGUGACGUUGGAGUUGAAUUCAAAUGACUGACAAGCUCUUAUUGAAAUAAAACAUCCAUUGCAGAGCGCAGACACUUUUUUCCUUGUGGUGCAGGGGAGGCGUGGAUCUCGCUCACUUUUGACAUUCUCGUAGCAGUAGUAGCUUCUCCUCAAGGCAGUACUCAGAUGACACCACCCCGCCACCGACCGGAGGAGAAACAAGGCAAGCUCUCUCUCUCUCUUCUCUGCGGAUGAACUAUGUUUUGACACCAGGAGGUGUUUAAGGGUUAAUCAGAUGAGUCUGAGCACCGGGGAGCUUUUCGCGUCUUCACAGUAGCCGUGGGAAUACUUUAAGAACUGUCUACCCCAGACUCUCGCACCCACGGAUCGCCGGUGGCGGAAUGUGAAAACCCCAUUUUGGCGCAUGUUCCUCUCCAUUGUACGCAGCCUUCUCCUGCUUUCUGAGCGGUUGGAAAGCGGAGGAGGAGGAGGAGGAGGGACGGCUUUUCCCGACUCGAUCCCUUGCCUAUGGACGACGGCGGUCCCCUCUCUCCAAAGGCAAAUGCUUUCAGUAUUGCCUCUUUGAUUUCGGCUGCAGAGCAAGCAGGAAACGCAGCGUUUGACAAACAGAGCGCCGGCCUGGACAAGCCAGACCUGCACAACCACUGUUCCUUUAAAAUGCACUACAGCACUGUCACCCGGGAAAUGGAAGCCAUAUCCAGUCCGUGGCUGACGCAGCUGUCCCAUUUUUGCGAUGUUGCAGCCUUCACGACGAGCAGCCUGAGCAGCCUCAACACGCCGGGGGGCUACCACCUCUCUCCGUCCCCCGGGGACCCCUACAGUCAACAUGAGUCCCACUUUGAGCCCUGUCCGGCCGCCCAGCACAACUACAACUACCCGGGGUCCAACCCGGGCCAGGCCCCGCCGAGCGACAACGGGACUCCCAACUGCUCCUCGUCUUCCUCCAACUCCACACCGAACAGCAAAACCAUCGUGAAGAAGAACCCUAAAGUGGCCAACAUUAACGUCCAGCUGGAGAUGAAAGCUUUAUGGGACGAAUUUAAUCAGCUGGGCACGGAGAUGAUCGUUACCAAGGCUGGCAGGAGAAUGUUUCCAACUUUCCAAGUGAAAAUAUUCGGGAUGGAUCCCAUGGCAGACUACAUGCUCCUGAUGGACUUCCUGCCUGUGGACGACAAACGUUACAGGUAUGCUUUCCACAGCUCAUCGUGGCUGGUGGCCGGUAAAGCUGAUCCCGCCACACCGGGAAGGGUCCACUACCACCCGGACUCUCCGGCCAAAGGCGCACAGUGGAUGAAACAGAUUGUCUCUUUUGAUAAACUCAAACUCACCAACAACCUCCUGGAUGACAACGGCCACAUCAUUCUGAACUCCAUGCAUCGCUACCAGCCCAGGUUUCAUGUGGUCUAUGUGGAUCCCCGCAAGGACAGCGAGAAAUACGCAGAGGAGAAUUAUAAAACCUUUGUUUUUGAAGAAACCCGCUUCACAGCGGUCACAGCCUACCAGAACCACCGGAUCACGCAGCUGAAGAUAGCCAGCAAUCCCUUUGCAAAGGGCUUCAGGGACUGUGACCCAGAGGACUGGCCCAGGAAUCACAGGCCAGGCUCUCUGCCAAUAAUGAGUGCCUUUGCCAGAACAAGAAACCCAAUGUCAUCUCCCCCUCAGCAGAACGGCACAGAGAAAGAGGACAGUCGGCGGGAAUACGAGCGAGACCCCAGCGGCACGCCCAUACACGCUGACCCAGCUCACCAGCUAAUGUCCCGGGUCCUCAGCCCCGCCCUGCCCGUCCCGGGAGGCCUCCACGCUGUCCCGCUCACCAGUGGCCGGCCCAGUCCUCCGCACGACCUUCGGCCAGACCCCCACAGUCUACCCCCGGACACCCUGCACCACCACCCCUACAAGUACCCCACCACCUAUGAACACUACCUGGGAGCCAAGACCAGGCCGUCACCCUACCCUUUACCCAGCAUCAGAGGACACACGUACCACCACCACAUGAACCCCGCCACAGCUAACAUGUACUCAGCCACCAGUGGCCCCUCUAACUAUGACUACGGGCCCAGAUAAUGACUGCUGUCCAGCGGGGCUAACGACAAACAGCACUGUGGGAAUGGAAACAGGCAGGAAAGGCAACACAGUCCUGUCUAUUGAUGGCUUACACAACCUGCGGGGUGCGUUCACGGAAUGAAACUCCUUUCUGCUGGAUAAACCCUGCCGUAUUUAUUUAAAGGAAAUGCAUCUUAGCGGGAAGCAUGGGCACCUGCUCUGAGCCCUUGAAGAGGUCUGCUUUGACCUUUGAACCCAAAUGGCAAUAGCUCCACAUCAGCACCUCUUACCUGAGUGUUGCAGACAUUGAGCCAGCAAACGGAGGAGGCAGGAGGGACCUCUCCUUAACACGGACAAUACAUUUGAUCACAGACUGGAAUUGAAUUUUUUUUUUUUUUUUUUUUUUUGUGUUGGAUGCACUUUUUGAUUUGCCUUGUUUUUAUUGCUUUCAAAAAAGCCAUAUGUUAUAUAGUCCUUCAACCUUCUAGGUAGACGAGAUGUUUGCAUGUUGAGCUCAUCAGAGAGGGUGUCGAAACACAUCGAAAUGUUUUUGUUUGAGGUAAAAAAAAAAAAGAAGAAAAAAAAAAAAAGAGCAAGAUUUGAUUUUGAAAGUGAAACUUCUGAACAUCUUGAGCCGUUCUGAGAAGCUUGUAUCAUGGCACUGACUUGCAGCAAUUCAAAGUAAAUAAAUGAAGCAGAAUGACUGUUCUGUAUCUGUAAAAUAAACAUUAAAUUCUUGUAAUUCAUUAAAAAAAAAAAUGGUCUUUGUGCCGAUCUUCCAUUCAAAAGCCCCGUCUGCUGAAGGGGGAGGGUGAAAAAAAA